ACUUUUUAGUGUAGUAAUUAGUUACCAUCGUAUUAAAGUCCUGUGAAAAUGACGAACUGUAAAAAGAAAGUGCUCUAUGACGCAAUGUCCAACAAAGUCUACGUUUGGGACGAUCACAUGCAAAUCACAGCCCCGCCGGAAAAGAAGCCAUUUAUUCUUAGUGGGAAACCGGAAGAAAAAAAUCCCGAUCGGAAUGAGGAAGAAGAGAGAGGCGGCUGGGGCAACAAAUUGGAUUUUUUGAUGUCGUGCAUUAGUUUAUCCGUAGGUUUAGGGAAUGUGUGGAGAUUUCCGUAUCUGUGUUAUAAGAAUGGAGGAGGAACAUUUUUAAUCACCUACCACAUAGCGAUGUUUAUAUGUGGAAUUCCGCUCUUCUUUCAAGAAGUCGCCAUUGGACAGUACCUCGGAUCUGGAGGAAUGACCUUUGUUGGUCAGCUGUGUCCUAUUUUGAAAGGCGUAGGAUAUGCAACGAUGACCAUAGUGUUUCUCUUGGAUGUUUAUUAUUGUGUGAUUAUAGCAUGGACGUUGUUUUAUAUUUUCAGUAGUUUCUCAAGUACAUUACCUUGGUCUGAAUGCGAAAUGCUUUUAAGUGAUAUGAGAACGUCGUUGGGCGAUACAAUGUCAACUCGUCAGAUAAGAUCGGUUAAUAAUCACAGCAGUACUAUAGGUCAAUGGUGGAACAGCCAAAACUGUUUAGUUAAGGAUAAUACAACUACAUUCAAUGUUAGCAGCUUAAUUUCCAGGAAUUCCUCUUCAGCAGUUGAAGAAUUUUUUGACCGAAGAGUACUGAGUAUAACAUCCGGCCUAGAAGAGCUGGGUGGUAUGCAGUGGCAUUUAUUUAUAGCACUCUGUGUUGGAUGGAUUAUGGUCUAUGGAAUUAUAAGAAAGGGACUACAUCAGAGUGGAAAGAUAAUGUGGUUCACCGCUCUCUUCCCAUACAUCAUCCUUCUGAUUAUGUUGGUAAGAGCUGUAACUUUAGAAGGUGCCGGAACAGGUCUACUUUAUUACAUUACCCCCCAGUGGGAGGCGCUACUGACUCCAGGACCUUGGAUGGAUGGUGCCUCGCAAAUAUUUUUCGCUUACAGUAUUGGCUGUGGUGCUCUUCCAGCACUUGGAUCUUAUAAUAAGUUCCACCAUAAUUCAUAUAAAGAUGCUGUGAUAACGUGUGUAGUCAACACAUUAACGUCUGUGAUAGCUGGCAUAGUAACUUUUUCCAUUUUGGGGCAUUUAGCACUGGAGCAAAAUACAGAAGUAGGAAGUGUGGUCAAUAGCGGGCCUGGUCUUGUUUUUAUUACAUAUCCCCAAGUUGUUUUACGAUUACCAGGUUCUUCGUUUUGGGCCGUGAUAUUCUUCUUUAUGUUAUUGUUACUGGGCAUAGACAGCGAGUUCUGUCUGGUAGAAUCGUUUAUUACGGGUAUCCUGGAUAACUGGUCACAAAGUCUAAGGCCACACAGACAUUUAUUUACUUUAGCAGUUUGUGUAGUUAUGUUCCUUCUGGGAAUUCCCAUGAUUACGCAGGGGGGGAUGUACAUAUUCCAAUUAAUGGACUACUACUCAGCAAGUGGAAUGUCAUUACUUUGGGUAUGCUUUUUUCAAACUAUAGCCAUUUCCUGGUUCUUUGGAGUUGACCGAUUGGGAGAUUGUAUAGAAAAAAUGAUGGGAAUACGCCCAGGAUUGUUUUGGAGGAUUUCUUGGAAGUACAUUGCUCCCUUAGUUAUGGCUGUGAUAUUUAUUAGUCAAUGCUUUGAAUACCAAAGACUAAGGUAUGGUUCCUAUGAAUAUCCCUUGUGGGCUGAUAUUAUUGGAUUGGGUAUAAGUUGUUCCUCUAUGCUGUGGAUUCCAGUAUACAUAAUCUACUACGUUUUUAGCCAACCUGGAAGUUUACUGCAGAACUUUAAAAAAGGACUAAAAUCCAAUAUUGCCCAGAGAAAAGUCUCAGUCUGUGAUAAAAGUACCGGAGAACUUCUAAGCCAAAGUCAAAACAACAUCGUUUGAUCUUCUGAGAAAACCAUUUGUCUUUAUUAAAAAUAAGAAUACGCUCGGUCAGAAAUAGUUAGUGUAUCAAAUAACGUCCGAAGUUGGAAAAGUUGGAAAAUUUAUAAGUUAAACUUUCGCAUAUAUGGUGCAAGGACUAAGUAAAUUUGGUUAAGCUAGUAAAUGUCGGGUCACACUAAUUAAUUAAAUUAUUAAUAUUUCAGCUCAACGCCUGGAAAGUUGUUCAUCAUGAGUAUUAUAAAGGAAGCUUAGGGGUAUAUUUUGUUACUAUAGGGUUAAUAAAGUAUAUUAUUAUUUUUUAAAUACAAUGCUGAAGAAAGAUAUUUAUACAUUUUUUUCAUUAUACGUAAUAUGUAGAACAUGUUUUCAGAUCUAAAAUAUUAAUAUACAUCAAUAAAUUUCAUUUAAAA